UCGACAUCGAUUCAAUACGUUUUAGCCGUUGUAAAACACGCACUCUGGCACUCUCUGCAGCCGGGGCUUGUCGACUGCAGUGUCCCGGCUGCGUUUGAUGCAUUGCGGAGCUUUUGACUCUUGAGUCCUAAGGUAGAGCCGUUAUAUAGUCUUGAUAGAUCUACAGUGUAAAAGUAUACAUAAACAAACCAACGAGUGUGUGUGUGUGUUACAAAGACACAAAGUCGCAUCUAAACAACAGCAGAGAGCAUUGUGAGAAACAAACAACAAGAAUUAUUUUCUUUGUAUUUGAGCGUCUGUGAUGCAAUCAUGAAGUGUCGUCCCGUCGGUGCAACCACAUAACACACACACAUUCGUGCUGGUUAUUUUGGAUGUCGUAGAAGCGAAUCGCGCGAGUGCUGUGCUGCAGUCUCCUCUUCCUUUGUGACAUGUAAAACAAGAAAAAUCCGUGUGUGUGUGUAUGUGUGUGUGUGUGUGUGUGGGAUUUUUUCUUCGACCGCAUUUUCUGCUCACACCAAACGAUGCAGGAUCGCAAUUUGAUUGGGUUCCUUUCCGUCUUCUUCUCCAUCACUUUGGUUUGUCUGCAGGCCAACAUCAUCUCGGCCGAAGAGGAGUGCAUAAACCGAUCCGGCCGGACGAUUUUGUGCUACGAUUGCGACAGUUACCACAAUCCGCUUUGCAAACAUAUCAAUGAAUCGGCUCCAAUGCACGAACACCCACCUUUCAAAACUUGUAAAGGAUGUUGCGUUAAAAUCGUCGAACAUCGCUACUCACCCAAGGAACGCGUGAGGCGGAUGUGUACGGAGCAGCUGAUUGUCAAUUAUUUCAUCGUCGAUCACGUCUGUCUGAAAGAAGGUAACAAACGCAAGGGGAUGACUUGUUUCUGCGAGGAAGAUUUUUGCAAUUCGGCGAUCUCAAGGCAUCGCUUCGAUCUCUUCUGGGCUUAUUUGGGCCUCGUCGCUGCUGUCCACCUUCUACUCCGGGUCGGAUGAUUUUUGGCUUUUUUCGGGAAAAUCUAAAACAAUUCAUUUUGUUUGCACUAAGUCACACCCACUCCCUUUUUCAAUGAACAAUGUAAUAAUAAUAUUAAUAAUUUGAAUGCAAAGAAAUUACCACGCACAAUAAGUCGACCCUGGCCAUCUAAUAACAUCACGAAAAAAUGAAAAAAAUCAAGGCUUAAGUGCUCAAAAAUCCAGACAAAUGGGAUGACAUACAAUUCCGGAAAAAAUGGCUGUGCUCUGUGUGUGUGUGUGCGUCAUCGUCGGCUACCCCCUCAAAACUCUCUCAAUUCUCAUUUUUGAUAAGAAAAUAAAAACCCUCCAAACUGUAGAGAAAAUGUUGUCAGUCAACACACACAAAUCCACUUUUGAUGAUGAUGAACGGCGGUUUACACACAGCAGCUGAAUGAUUCACAAUCCUUUGAUUUGUUAUCCCUUGCAGCCAUUGUUAAUAAUGGAUCCAGUCAAUAAUCUUUUUUGCCCAUUUUUCAAAUCUCUCUUUAAUUCAUCCUUGUUGUUGUUAUUUAGCCGUUUAAAUGCCGAAUUUUAACUGGCACGUCAUCCAAAUACAUGCUAACGUCAUCAA